ACCUCGACAUAACUCAACAGUUGUAAAAAUGUCAUAUUUGUCACUCAUUUGCCAGUCGUGAAGCUACGAAGAUACAGGGCACAUGUCACCAUAAACCCUUACUUUGUGUAUCAUUCUACAAGGCCACUGCCAUAACAGAGGCAUCUUCUGGUGUAAUAACCAAGUCAGCCUACCCAAAAUACAGCAAUAGUCUCCAUCUCACAUUUGACUUUGUAUGCCAUACAUUCAGGUCCUCGGCAACUCAUAGGGGCACCAUUUAGAUUUCAUUCCCAUUUGAGCAUCUAUUGCCAACACUACGUGGCCAACACUACGUGGCCUCAGCAGCGAUACAUUUCGAUAUGCUUACAUCUUUCCCUUCAAGUCCUUAAGUGGACUCUGUUUUUAUAUGUAAGGAUUUUAGGGUUUGAAAAUGUGUGCCUGAUUCUGAAAUGGGACGUGUUUCUGUAAUUCCCAUCCCUUUUGUUUCAUCGAGUUUGAUUAUUGAUUGUCAAAGCGUAUUGACGGUUUGCAGGGAGCCCCUUAGUCGCCUGUGAAAGGGCGAGGAGCGCAUGAAAUGAUGGGACUCCAGUAACUUUCAGAUGACCCCAUCCUGACAAAGACGGUCUCCAUCAAUUGUCUACCGCUCUUUAUGCCCACUUUUGUGCCUGGGGUCGUUUUGUGUCUUUUGUUUGUUUAUAUGUCAAAAUCCUUGCCUCCAGUUUGAUUAAUUCAGCCCAGACUAAACCAAAAGGCUAAGAGCGGCCAAGUCGUACUUAAUAUCGUUAAAAUCAUCAGAUAUGGGAAUUUUCUUAUAUGAUGAUGCUUUUGGUAAGGAUGCGGCACAUGCCGCACACAUGUAGUUCUCAAUAUAGUUUUUUCCACUAUUAAAUAUGUCGUCUUUUUUAACAUAGUUUUGAGCCAGCAACGUUGACUCUACAAUGAAAUGCCCUUUUGUUUGCCCUAAUUAAAAUAUUUUUGAAGUUUGUGUUAGAUUGCUGCUAGGUGUGUGUACUUAUCCCAUAAUAGACUCCCUUCGUCUCCAUUGGCUAAUCCGGUCACAUGGUCGCCUAACUUUAUUCUGUUGACAGCAAGUAGGAGGGCUUUAUGGAGGCUGGAAAAAAAGACAACUCGAGAAAAAUUAGUAUUUUCUACCUUCAGAAAUUAAUGGCCAUGAGUUCGUACAUGGUGAACUCCAAGUAUGUGGAUCCUAAAUUUCCUCCUUGUGAGGAAUAUUCGCAAAACAGCUAUAUUCCUGAGCAGAACACAGGGUACUACAGUCCAUCGCAGGACACUGAUUUCCAGCAUCCAGGAAUCUAUUCACGGUCAAAUUACUCCGAGCAGCCGUUCAGUUGUACCACUGUGCAGGGCUCAACGCUGCAACCGCGGGGUCAUGUGCAGGAGCAAGCUAGCCAUCCGAGCCCUUUCACCGCCCAGACCGAGCAGUGUCCAUCGGUCCAAAUACCUGGCCCGAGGACUUGUGGGCAACAACAAAACACAAAGAACCAAAACGGGAUACAAGCCAAGCAGCCAGCAAUAGUUUACCCCUGGAUGAAGAAAGUGCACGUUGCAACGGUGAAUCCGGAUUACACAGGUCCAGAACCCAAACGGUCACGGACAGCCUACACGAGACAGCAGGUUUUAGAACUGGAAAAGGAAUUCCAUUUUAACAGGUAUCUGACCAGGCGGCGUCGCAUUGAGAUUGCCCAUACCCUCUGUCUCUCCGAGCGCCAGAUCAAAAUCUGGUUUCAAAACAGAAGGAUGAAAUGGAAAAAAGACCACAAACUGCCCAACACAAAAGGAAGAUCUGCAUCGGCCUCCAACCAGCAUGUACACGUUCAAAAGGACAGCCAGACAGACAUCACAACUUUAUAACUGAAAACGGAAUCCGCCUUUCCCCCUCAGAAGUAUAAAGCGAACUAUGUAUUGUAGACAAUGCUGCAUUUGACUUUGCAUGGUCUCAGAACAUGACAUUUUUGGGUCAUUAUCAUUUGUGAAUGUUAACCAGAGGCACUCGUGAAAAAAAUGCUAUUGUGAGAGAGCCUCCAAGUGUGGACUAUGUGCUGAUAUCACCAUUGCCCCACCAUUGUAAAUCUUAGGUGGUUAAAAGAAGAUAGGAGUGCAUCACCACAUCCUUCACUCUCUCUUUUGAGGUACAGUAGAUCUAUAGAAAACCCAAACUUGUUUUCACUAUGAACGCUUCUUGAUCUGCAGGACAUUUCUGGUGCAUUCUAUUUUGCCAACCGAAUCUUAUUCCACGUGUUUCGUCAACCAAUUUUGUCUCAAACAAGAGGUCAAUGGAUUGAAAUUGGCUGUCUAAAAUGCUAUAGCCUUCAGUUCGUGUUAAUGCCGGCUAGGCGCAUCAAAUUCAAGAGCAAAAUUGGAAAUCUUUGCGUAAACACUACAUAAAUUACACAUUCUUUUCAUUAAAACGUGGAGCUCUCUCUAAACGCAUGUUAAAAUGCGAGAGAGUGGGCUUGGGAGGCUAUAAAUAAUUGCUGAUGAAAAGUUUACCUAAAGAAAUCUUCAUUGAAGUCUAACUGCACUAAUUUAAUGGAAUUGAAAACUUAUUACUGGGGCGUUAAAUUUAUUUUGGAGUUAAAAAAUGCCUAGUUGUUGAUCUGAAAAUUUCUUACGAGGCUAUAAAUCUCCCCUGACACUUUUGUAAACAGUGUACAAUUAAAGAAGCUGUAUAUCUGUCUUCCAGAUGUCCUUCAGAAAGUCUUAGAUUACACUUUGCUUUUUUAUUUCUUUAUCUACUUUUACUAUUGUAAUAUACGUUUUAGAAGUGAAUUCAUUGAAAGCCUUUAUUUAUUGAUUAUCGAAAUGGAGAAUGCUUAAAAGUUUUUUUUUUUUUGAGUUUGCGUUUACAAUGCUUAUGGACCCAAAUUAUGGUCAAAACAUUCCAUAAACCUGUUAUUGUGUUAAUCGAAUAAAAGUGCAACAUUUUAUCUAUAUUAUGUAAUAUAUCUGUAUUUUGUUCAUAUUUUCUACAAACGUGUUUUGUAGCAAAAUGUUAAAUAAAAAUAUCCUGAAUACAGGAGCAACAUCCCACGCAGUCUUGAACAAUAUAUAAACAAGUAUAUUUUGUUGCAACUGGUAUAGGUUUAUCAUGCAAAAGUGAAGUAUUUUAUAAGCUAAGAGAGGGAGUUGGCUGCCUAAAUUGUAAGCCGGUGCAUUCAUGGUCUGGUUAAAUAUUCCGGUAGCUUGUCUUCUGCAGGCAUUGUCUUUUGCACAAAAAGCUUGGAGCUCUCUCAUUGCGAAGAUGUCUUCUCCGAAGCCCUCUCGUUGGGAGACUUGACAAGGUAUUUUUACAGAAGCCAGUCAAAGCUCCGGAGGCAGGUUCAACCAGAGGACACUUUUCUAUUGCAUUAGACGAAUUUCAGCCGCGAGGACUGACCCCGAAAACCCUUGACCCGCCGGACCCGCGGCCUUUUUACGCAGACGGUAUUCGCAUUCUGUGUUGGUAAAUGGCCAACUUUUUCAGUUUACGGCAUUAUUCAUUUGUUUACUUUGUUACUAUGCAGUGCUCUUUCUAGAAUAAAACGUUGACGUGCUCUUAUUUCUUGUUUUACAUGCACUAAAUGCUAUGAACUGUGAUGCGCAUCAUUGCAGUUAUUUCAUUAUUUCCCUCUGUAUUUUCAUAUGAGAAUGUUGUGACGUGAACGCCAGGAUGUCCUCCAAGUACAGAAUGAUCCAAUAAAGACUGAUA